AAAAGUUUUCAUCCCAUUAAACAGUGCAGUGCCUCCUCUGAGCUGCAUACAAAUGUCAUGCAAAUUCCUCACAGCAACAAAGAUAUGAAGACCCUGCUGGACUUGCCCUGAAACCCAAGACAGAAGGUAUAAAGGAAGGAAGAAGUUAAAGAAUCAAAGGCAGAUCCUCGAGUGGAGAGCAUUUGGGAUUCUUCUGUGCGGAUUGGGCAUCCAUAAGAAGAAAAUUUUCUUCAGGUUUCUGGAAGUUCAGAAUAACUAUGGCUGCAUUGUGCACCUUCCAUUUGGGUUUAAAGCCUCUCUCCUUGUUACAUUUCUUUGGUUUGUGAUGGACAAAGUAGUACUAAAGAAGGUGGUGAACCUUCCUGCUAUGGAGGUUUUGACCUGUACUUCGUGUUGGAUAAAGUUGUCCUUUGGUGUGAUUAGGUGUUAAGCCAGUCACCUGAAUCUUCUGUGUGAAGCAUUGCAUUUCUUCCCCAUGAGGCGGGCAGCUGGUGGCAUUUGAACCACUGAUUUUGAUCUGACGCUGUACAAUAGAAAUGUGCCUAUACUUGCACAACUCUCUAAGGUCUGGAAGUGUCCUAGACCACUGGAGUGAAAUAUACAACUUUGUGGAACAUUUGGCUGAGAGAUUUAUCAGCCCACAGCUCCGAAUGUCUUUCAUUGUGUUCUCCACAAGAGGAACAACGUUAAUGAGACUGACAGAUGACAGAGAUCAGAUCAACCUGGGGCUGGAGGAGCUACAUAAAGUUGUCCCUGGUGGAGACACUUAUAUGCAUGAAGGACUUCAAAGGGCUAGUGAACAGAUUUAUCACGAGAGCGACAAAGGUGACAGGACAGCAAGUGUUAUCAUCGCGCUGACAGAUGGCGAGCUGCACGAGGACCUCUUUUAUCGUGCAGAACAAGAGGCAAACAGAUCCCGUGAUUUGGGAGCCCAGGUGUAUUGUGUGGGGGUGAAAGACUUCAAUGAGACGCAGCUGGCUCGGAUAGCUGACAGCAAGGACCAUGUCUUCCCUGUAAAUGGAGGCUUUGAGGCUCUUCAUAAUAUCAUAGGCUCGAUUCUCAAGAUGUCCUGUAUAGAAAUUCUAGCGGCAGAGCCUUCCAGUAUAUGUGCUGGAGAGUCCUUUCAAGUGGUUGUCAGAGGGAAUGGCUUCCGAUACGCCCGGAAUGUGGAUCGAGUUCUCUGCAGUUUUAGAAUGAAUGAUACAACUUCUCUCAAUGAAAAGCCCCUUGUCGUGGAAGACACAUACUUGCUGUGCCCCGCACCUGUUCUAGAAGAAGUUGGCAUGACGGCUACCCUCUACGUCAGCAUGAACGAUGGCGUCAGCUUCAUCUCCAGUUCUGUCAUCAUUACCAGCUCACAUUGUGCGGACGGGACCAUCUUGGCUAUUGCCCUCCUCAUCUUAUUUCUCCUUUUGGUUCUGGCGCUGCUGUGGUGGUUCUGGCCUCUGUGCUGCACUGUGAUGAUCAAAGCACCUCCCCCACCACCAGAAGAAGACAGUGAGGAGGAAGAGGAGGAUGGAAUGCCUAAAAAGAAGUGGCCUACGGUGGAUGCGUCUUAUUAUGGAGGACGAGGAGUGGGAGGAAUCAAAAGGAUGGAGGUGCGUUGGGGGGAAAAAGGUUCCACAGAAGAAGGAGCUAAGUUAGAGAAAGCCAAGAAUGCCAAGGUGAAGAUGCCAGAACAAGAGUUUGAGUUUCCAUCUCCAAAGAUUCUCAACAGCAAUUAUGGGAAGUCGAAUUAUUCUAGAAAGUGGUACUCCCCAAUUAAGGGCAAACUUGAUGCUUUAUGGCUUCUUCUGAGAAAAGGAUACAGUCGGGUGUCAGUGAUGAGACCACAGCCUGGAGAUAAGGGAAGAUGCAUCAAUUUCCAAAGAGAAAAGAAAUCAAUGCCACCUAGAUACCCACUAAACAAUGCCUCUCUUUAUACACCUCCGUCCAGUCCAAUCUACACACCACCCCAUAGCCCAAAUUACACCCCUUCUCCUCCAAUAACUCCACCACCUCAACCUAUGCAUUCUCCUCCACCUGUUCCAUCUCCAACCAUCUGUCUUCCACCCCCACCCUUGGCUUCACCUUCAUUCAGAGCUCCACCACCCAGCAGACCCCCUCCUCGACCUUCACUAUAGAUUGCUAUGUGCAGCCUUUUAUCUCCAGUACUACUGGGGAUGCAUUUUGAGAAUUUCUUCAUCUUGAAUGGAAGUGGUACUCAUUGGAACACCAUUGACCAAAGCCAUUAUCUAAACACUCAUAAACUUUAACUGAAUUGCGUUGUGGAUUCAUCCUCACUUAUGAAAUCCUGGACGAACUGCCAUCUCUACAUAUAUGUGGUCAACUAUGGAAACCAUUGAUGUAUUGGGUUGACAAAAGAAGAUUGAACUGAAUUUCCCCCACUCCAUCACCAAAAUAUAAAAAAAAUAAAAGUUCUUUAUCUUACCUCAUUGGUAGCAAAGAAAUAACUUGGCUAUGGUCCAAAAGAGACAUCUAUCUGAGGAUCCAUUGGAGAACAAGCCUAAUUUGACAAGUUUAAGAAAGAUUCAUUAUCCUUAUGAAAAGUUACCUCUGAAGGAGCAUAUUGAGAGGCUCACAGUAAUGGGAGUUUCUUUAUGUUCAAGUCGUCUUAUAAACUGCGUCUCCUUACCAAAAUAUGUGGGGUGGUCUUUAUAAAAAACAAGAUAUGAAAUUAUUUAAUUGUGAAAUAAAACUGUAUCAACUAUUGACCACUAUGGAACAGUUUUGAAGAUAAAUUAAACUAAUUUCAUCAUUUGAUACAUUGGGCACAUUAUUUUAAUGUAUUCAAGAUGUUCCUUGUACAGAAAUCAAGAAACGACAGCACCUACUGCUAAUUUCAAAAUAUAAACUAGACUGUGGAUGGCUUCAUUGGUUUCCUGGUGGAUCACAAUGAGCUAUGAAGAAACCAGAGUUUUUUAUUCUUCUUUCAGAGUAUUGAAAUGGCUUUGCCAUCUGUAGGGGUGCACACGUUUAACCAACAAGGAAGAUUUACAGAUUGUCAUCUUCUUAUUGAGGUUUCAAUGGAAAUAUAAAGUGAAAAAAGUAUUAAAUCCCAUCAGAGAAAGGGAUUCUAUUCCAUAAGAAAAUUUAUGAGAUUGAACAGAAGGCUGGACCUUUGCAAUGAAAAGAAAAAAACUGCUUUAGCAGAUUAUAUGAAAGAUUACUUUGGAACUUCGCAAUGCGUUGCUGGAUCCUCUGCCAUAGAGGAAUAAUGGGUUAACCAAUAACAUGUAUACACUUGCAUUGUCUUUUGAAAUAGCUGUAAUGUAGAAUAUUGCUUUUUGUAGUAUAGGGGGGCACUGGGCACUGCUUAUAGGGGUCAUUUCUUGUUUAUCAUCUGCUUUCUUUUUGGAACACAAAAUUCACAUUACAUGUUCACUUUUAUUUUACAGUGAUGACUGCAAGUUGCAAAAAUGUUUAUUUAAUUUAGCAAUAUAUGGUGAAAUAUGAGGAAUGUGCAUAAAAUGGAGGGAAUCUGUGAAAGGGGCAGCGUUAAAAAAAAAAAAAGAAGUAAAAUUGAUACCGUUAUUAAAGGGAAUGUGUCUUCAGAAAAUUACCUAUUGUGUAAAUUGAGUUUUUUUAAAAUUAUUAACUAUAUUUUUUUUUAAUUUUGGAUGAUUUGUUUAUUUUUUUAAUUUUCUAUGGCACUACCUAGUGUAUAUUAUGGAAAAAAUCCUAAAAUCCUGCAGCUUCCACACUGGACACUAAGGAGCACAUUUAUUAAGACUGGCAUUUUAG